GUGAUGGCCCAGUGCCCAGGAGCAGCAGCAUUGGCGGUGUCGGACGAAAUGCUGGAAAUCACGGCCCAGAGCCUGGUGCGCACCGAGGUGGCUGAGCACUACCAGGUCAUCUGGGAGCUGGGCAGGGGCAAGUAUGGCCAUGUGGUGCUGGUGACACACAGGCAGAGAGGUACCCCCAUGGCUCUCAAGCUGCUGCCCAAAGCUCACACCAAGCUGCACACCUUCCUGUAUGAGUACUGCGUGGCGCUGUCCCUCACCACCCACCCUGCCAUUAUCAGCAUGUUUGGCAUUGCCAUUGAGUCAAGCCAGCACUACGGCUUUCUCUACAAGCCAGCGCUGCACAGAGACCUCAUCUCCAUCAUCAAACCACGAGAUGGGAUCCCGGAGCCAGCUGCCAAGCAGUGCGCCAAGCAGCUGGUGAGUGCCCUGGAGUUCAUCCACAUCCGGGGGCUGGUGUAUCGAGACGUCAAGCCCGAGAACGUGCUGCUCUUCGACCCUGAGUGCCUGCGCAUCAAGCUGACCGACUUCUGGCUCACCCGGCCCAAGGGCACCCGGCUCAAGCUGGUGGCUGGGGUGAUCCCCUACACCACUCCAGAGCUAAGCAACACCCCCAGUGCCCAGGGCCUGUCCAUCGAUGCCAGCCUGGAUGCCUGGGCCUUUGGUGUGAUGCACUUCUGCCUGCUGACCGGCUACUUCCCCUGGGAGCAAAGCCUGCCAACUGACCCCUUCUUUGAGGACUUCAUGCUGUGGCAGGAGUCAGGCCUGGAUGAGGACCUACCACACCAUUGAAGGUGCCUGACGGCUGAGGCCACUCGCAUGCUGCGGAGCCUGUUGGUCCUGGAUCCUGCCCAGCGUAGCCCUGUCAGCGGGGCCCUGCACUACGUCGACUACCCCUGGAGAGUGGAGAACUGGCAUGGUGAGGAGCAGGCUGUGGGGUCCUAGAGAACCUCCUUUGGGGGAGUGGAGGCCAUUGCCCUGUGGGGCCUGUCUAUAGGAUGAUCAGUAUCCAAGGCCCUACAGCGUGCCUCCAGCAGGACAGGAAUACAUUGAAAGGGGCUGCCAAAUAACAGCCAUGGCAAGAUAUGUUCCAAAGCACUGAGCUCCAGCUCCUGCCAAAUCCCACACAGGUGCCAGUUAUCCCUGGGCACUGAUUUCCCAGCAGACACCAAUCCCCCUGGGUACAGAUCCACCCUGGCUGCUGAUUCCCCAAUUGGUGCCACUUCCCCCCGCCCAUGUGUUGAUCCCCUCCAGGCACCAG